ACACACAGUAUGUUGUUUUUCAUAGACAACCAUCAUUUUCCACUUACAGUAAAUGGAAAUAAUUAUUUUCUUGCAUAUUUGAGUUUUGAUUUUGCAUUUAGUUUAGAAGAAAUAAAAUGCUGGUAAAACAAUAUCAAAUGUAUAAUUUAUUGCAUAUAAGCACACAAAGUAUCAAACUAAGCACAGGUCUAAACACGAUUUAGUAAUCAAAUCAUAGUCCUUAGAAGUCGUAGAAAUAAACAAUCUAUAAGUAGUUUAAAAAUGUAUGUAUAUAUAUAAUACACAUAUAAACAAAAGGAAGUUAAAUAAUGACUAAUUGUAGUAGUGAUUCUUUAGGAUUGGGGCUAACAUAUAACUGACGAGUGUUAGGCCAUAAGAGCUUAAGAUAUGGACUACCUAACAAUAGUUUCACUUAAUUAAGCAAAAUAUGUUAGGCUUGACUUAUUACAAUUUAAUUUGAAAAGUGUAAAGAAGUAAAAAAAAAUGAGAAAAUGAAAAACAAAGUAAAAUUGAGAACAUGGACAUCCUCCAGCAGAGCUACCUGCCUUGUGAGAUAAAUAAAAAAAAGCAUUAAAGUCUCACCCAUAUAAAGUUUGCUUCAUCUUUUUCUACACUUCAUUACCACCAAAACGCAAAUCACCAAACGCUAAACGCAGAAACUCAGUUUUCGGUUACCUAAUUAUCUGUGGACGCCCUCACCGUAAACCUUCACCAACCCAAAUUUAAUUCUUCUGUGUUUUUAUUCACAAAGUACAUAAAGACAGAGAGAUAAUAAUAACUUUCUCUUCUCUGUCCCUUCCUCUUCCUCCUCCUUUUUCUUCCCUCUGUGAUUCAUUAGUUGCGUAAACCUCGAGUUUCUUCUGUUCCAUUAACACAAUGAAGUACAUUCGAAGCAACAGCCUGAAACGUCUCUUCUCUUUCAAACGACGCAGUUUCGACUCCGACUCUGAAAACUCAACUCCACACUCCAAAUGCGUGGAGGGUUUUCAAGAAGCAGAGCAGUUUCAAAGACCCAAGUGGAAAUGUUUCUCCUUUGAAGAAAUCCACGACGCAACCAACGGUUUCAGCUCAGAGAACUUGGUAGGAAGAGGUGGAUUUGCAGAGGUGUACAAAGGGAUUUUGAGUAAAAGUGGUGAAGAAAUCGCUGUGAAGAGGAUAACAAGAGGAGGGAGAGAAGAUGAGAGGAGAGAGAAAGAGUUUCUAAUGGAGAUUGGAACAAUAGGACAUGUCUCACAUCCUAAUGUCUUGUCUCUUCUUGGUUGUUGUAUUGACAAUGGUCUCUAUCUUGUUUUCAUCUUCUCUUCAAGAGGCUCUGUUGCUUCUCUCCUUCAUGAUUUGAAUCAAGCACCAUUGGAGUGGGAGACAAGGUAUAAAAUUGCAAUUGGGACAGCAAAAGGGCUUCAUUAUUUACACAAAGGUUGUCAAAGAAGGAUCAUCCACAGAGACAUUAAAUCCUCCAAUGUUCUCUUAACCCAAGAUUUUGAACCACAGAUAUCUGAUUUUGGGUUGGCAAAAUGGCUGCCUUCUCAAUGGUCUCACCAUUCCAUUGCUCCAAUUGAAGGCACAUUUGGGCACUUAGCUCCAGAGUACUAUACGCAUGGGAUUGUGGAUGAGAAGACUGAUGUAUUUGCCUUUGGAGUGUUCUUGCUUGAACUCAUUUCUGGUAAAAAACCUGUUGAUGCAUCCCACCAAAGCCUACACAGCUGGGCGAAAACGAUAAUAAAAGAUGGAGAGAUUGAGAAGUUGAUGGAUCCAAGGAUCGGUGAAAACUUUGAUAUCCAACAGCUUCAUCGCAUAGCUUUCGCUGCGUCUCUCUGCAUCCGAUCAUCGUCUCCAUGUCGGCCUUCCAUGAUCGAGGAGUACCUGACUCAUUUUCUUACAAUGAUUGAGAAUCUAAAACGGCCCCAAAUGGUUUUCCUUUACCUCUCGAUUCCUUUUGGUACGGUCAAUAUUGAUUCCGGUUCGAACCAAAGUUCCAGUGGAACUCUUUUCAAUUCAAUCUGGUUUCAAUCGCAAAUUUCGUUUGGUUUAAGAGAAUUUAUCCGGUUCUUAGCUGUUAAUUUUUUCUUCCAGGUUACUACAGCAUGGUGAGCUAAAACAGCUGCAAAAUAAGAACCAGAUUAAAAACCAUAUAUAAAGUGAUACAUUUACAUUUUUUUAAAAAAAAUCAGCAAGAUAUAUUCCUCAUCAAAUUAUUCAAGUUCUUACUUGAUUCACGUCGGUUUUUUAAAUAUUAAUUUCACCUUGUAGAAAAAUAAUAAUUUUUUUUAAUUAAAACUAUGGUAUGUAUUUUGAAUACUCGUUUGAACUCAAAUCAAAUAUUUAGGUUUUUUAUUAAGACUAUGGUAUGUACUAAACUUACAAAUUCCUCUCAGAUAUUAACUUUUUAUAUCGAGAUCCGGUUUGAAUUGGGUUUUGGGUUUUAUCUUAGCUACAUAUCUAAAAUUAUCCAAAACCAAGAAAAUAACUAUCCAAAGACAUUUGAAAAUACUGAAAAUUAUCUAAAAUCCAAUAAACUAUCCAAAUUAACUUAAGGGGAGUGUAUUCAACUAGGAGUUUGAAGUGAAUUAUAUUAAAAUGAUAAAUUUACUGUUAUUUAACCGUGGAUUUAAAAAAAUACUUUAAAGUCUAUUGUUAUUGAACUUAUCAUUUCAUAAAACACUCUGAAAUCAACUGUUAUUGAACAAAAUUUAAGUCGGAGAUUUUAGAGUACUUUAAGUGUUUCUAGAGUGUUUGAGGAGAUUUCCUUAGUUAUAAAAAUAAAAAUCCAAAUCUCAUUGUUUUAGAUGAGAUUCUAGAGUGUUUUAACAAAAAAUCACACCAAAUUUUUCAAUUCUCCUGCAAUCAUUUACAAACUUAUUAAAAGUCAAAUCACUUCAAAUUACAUAUUCAAUACACCAGCCUGUAUAAAUAAAAACCAUUUAACCUGGCCAUUAAAUCCAAUUUUGAGUAUCAUUGUAAACCCAUCCGUGAUCAGUUUUUCAAUUGGGUUCAGGAUUAGAUUUCGGAUUCAGUUUUUUUUUUGUCAGGCCUACUUAACCUCAAUGAGUCAAUAAUCACAUAACGAUAAAGUUCAGCUUUAAGAUUUAUAUAUUCUGUUUUCACUCAACCUCGCAACAAAAAGAAGCUAAAAAAUUUCAUGAACGCACAAACUCAAAAAACUUUUGCUCACCAAAAUAAAGAUGGCUGUAAAAUGAAUUCUUUUGUAUAAACCUUUUUUUGUGGUAAAGUCUGCGUAAAGCCUAUCUCAUUCCACAACGACCGUUCUUUUCUCCAUAAGUGACUCAAAGAACUCACCGCAUAGUUUCUGAAGAGGCGGAAAAUUUAGUGUAGAACCGCUGAAUAUCGUUUCCUAUGGUCUCUCUCACGAUUCAAAAGGUGUUGCCAACUACUCAACAUUCUCCAUUCUUUUCUUGUCAUAAUCCGGCAACUGUCCGUACAGCGACGUGUACCCAAAAUCUCCUAAAAAGAUUGAAACUUUCUCUAUUAAUAUAGCAUCAAUAAAAAGAGGUUAGAAAGACUUUGUUACCUGUCUCCUCGUCACCGGCAAGACCCUCAGCGCUACGCUCAUGUGUCUCAUCGCGACUGGGAUCGAAAACAACAUACUCAUAGCUUCCAUUUACAUAUGCAAGAGGAAGCAGAGACUUGUCGUCUCUUUCAGGAAAUGAGAUUGAUCCUCCCUCAGCCAGCGAGUUAGAUUAUAUUUCAUUUUAGUCUCUCAUUUAAACGGAUGAAACAUUACUUUUUCUUUUUUUUUUUUGUGUCAGUCAGACCUUCAUUAAAGUCCAUAUAGAUACAGGGUUAGGAUCUGAUCCGUUGAACAAGAGAAUGGCACCAUCUCUACCGCGGAACAUAUUCUUCUUUUUAAAAGUUUAUGGGAUCAGAUCAGAGCCAAGACAGCAAAAGCUGAUGAAUUCACUAAGCUAACACACAACAAGAACUUUCUAGGAGAAGUUUUGAAGACUUACCUUCUAUGCGUAAUCCAUAUGAGCAUGAUAAGGAUUGCUUUGAUGUAUUCCAAACAGAGAGUUCAGGUUUCGUAAAAUGGGAUGCAGCAACAAGGAACUCAGACUUUCCAGCGAAACAGAGCUUUGUGAUUGGCUGUAUAGUAUAUUGAAAGAUUAAAACAUCUGGGCCUUUUUAAUAGGCCUUGAAUAUAGCUAGAUCCAGUACAAAAAACAGCAUACGUAUAUGGUCCUCCUUGUAUACAAUCGAAUUAAUAAACGGAUGCCGAAAUUAGUAUGGCAUUAGGCCUUGCAAAAAACCGGAACCGAAAAAAACCGAACCGGAACCAAACUGAAAUAUCUAAAAUCAAAAUUGGAUUGAAACCCUCAAAUAUCCGAAUGGUUCAUAUAUUUAUGUAUUUAAACUAGCUGAACCGAACCGGUACCCGAAUAUAUAAAAAUAUUAAUUAAUAUUUAUAUAUACAACAUAAUUAAAUCUAUAUUCCUAAUUUUUUUUAAAUAUGUUAAAGUAUCUGAAAGUAAUAGAAGAAGACUAAAUUAUUACAAUUUAUCAAAACUACCCAAAAGUAUCCAAAUAUUUUUAUCUGAAUUAUCUAAAGUAAUCUAAAAUAUCCAAGAAAUUUAUCCAAAUCAUCUUAGUUAUUUGAUAUUUUAACCAAAAAACAAGAUAUUUAGUCUGAAUUACCCGGACUAUCCAAAAUAUUUGAACCAAAACCAAACGAGAACUAAAUUGUUUUGGGUAUUUCUCGUUCCUAGUUUUACUAUCCGAACCAAAUCCGAAACUAUCCAAAACCGAAUCGAAAAUGAAUCAGAUAGUAAAUGGAUCAUGUAGCCCCUUAUCCAAAUUACCCUAUACAUGAAAUACCCUAACCAAUAUCCGUCUUAGCAGUAAGACCAUCUCCAAUAGUUUACUCUAUUUUAGAGUAGUUUUCACUUUAAAAUAGUGUUACUCUAAAAUAGAGUAGAGUUUCUCUCCAAAGGUUUACUCUAUAUUUAAUUCUAAAAAUGAAUAUUCUUAAAUAUAUUAUUUUCUAUUUUAUAAUUAAUAUCUUUUACUUACAAAAUUUACAAAUUGACUCUUUAUAUUUUAUUUUUCACAAAGUUUUCAUAGAUUAUAUAUUUAUAUCAAACAUUUAUUAUAUUAAAACUUACAUUACAUUUUACUAAUAACAUGAUACAUUUUAACUUAAACAUCUCCAUUAGUAUAUCUUUCCCACAAGUGAUCAAUUAACAAAUUUCGGAAUGUGAAAUGAAUUUUUUUUAUUUUUGAUUUUUUUUCUAAAUCGACCAAAAUUUUCUUCAAAUCGAAUAUUAUCGUUCUUUCGUGUCUGAAUCUUUGGAGGUGGAACUUCUCUUCCCACUUUAGUUGGUGCGCUAAAAUCACAUUCAUCCUCAUAUCAUGUUAUAUAGAAUUAUACAUGUAGUCCAUAUGCAUUGGUCACCAAUACAUUUUUUAUAUAUUUUAGUUACAUACAUGCAUAAAAAAUAUUUUGUUUGUGAUUUGAAUUCAGUGCAAGAUCCAGAUGUUCGUGAAUAUUUUCAAGAGGAACGAACACAAAUUUUACAAACAAAAAAGACGUGGUCAACAACAUGAACAAGAAGCUACUCCUUCAUUUCUCUCAUUUAGACAAUAUUUUAACAAUCUUGCUCGACUUGGAACCAAUUUACCAAAAACAAUUAAGUCAUUAUUAUCUAUGGUUUUAAUUUUAUUUUGAGUUACUUAUUUUUAAUUUUAGUAUUUGUUUUUUUUUUGCUAAUCUUAAAAAAAUAUGUUUAAUUUUAGUGCUUUUAUUUGGCUAAUAAUAAUAAAUUUUAAAUGUUUAUAUAUAUAUAUAUAUAUUGUGUUAAACAUAAUUAUGUGUUGUUUGCAUAAUUAAAUUAAAUAAAUAGUUACAAAAUAAAAAGAUUGAAGAAUAAAAGGAUUAAAGUAUAAAUAAAAAAGUUGUACUCUAUAAUA